AUCCGUAUUUCCCCAGUCCCUACACAAAACUUAGCAAUAAAUUAAGUAAAGAAAUAUCAGCCAAACCAAAAAACACACAUAAAACUAGAGGAAGGUAGGAAAAUAAAAAUGAGAACCCAGAACAGCCAGAGCAAAACCUCCCCAGAAAGCCAGAGAAACAUCAACAUACUUCUCAAACUGUCAAACCCAGUUUCUUCAACUGAUUUCAGCUCUAAACCUCAUCUACAAUCUUAGAUCUUAAGGUACAAUACCAUUCAUCUUCGUUAAUCUAUCUAUACUAUUUCUGAUUUUCCGCCCUUUCUGCAGUUUUAAGUAUAUACAAUAUACAUGGAAAGAGAUGAGAAAAAUCUAACUAAAUCCCCUGAACCCGAAUUUGUGCUGCAGUGGGGGAAGAGACUUAGAUGUGUUCGAGUUAAAAAUCCGAAUUUCAAUUCGAAAUCUGCGGGAGGAAUCCGCCAGAAAAUCACAUCUCGCAUCGUAACAGACGAUGGCGACCGCAUAAACAGCAGUUCCGAGCCGCCGGAAAAUGCGAAAUCACCCGAAAAAGAGGAGCGUUACUACUUGACGAGGGGGUCGUCCGUCGGGGAGGAGAGAGAAAAUGGGAAGGCGUUCAUGGCAGAAGGAAAUGGUUAUGCGAUGGCGGCGCAAGAAAGAGGGAGUUCGCUAUGGCCAAAGCUUUUUAUUAGUUUAUCGAGUAAAGAGAAGGAAGAAGAUUUUCUGGCCAUGAAAGGGUGUAAGCUUCCUCAAAGACCUAAAAAGAGGGCUAAAUUGAUUCAACGUACUUUACUUUUGGUGAGUCCAGGAGCAUGGUUGUCUGAUACUCCUAUGUGCCAAGAGAGGUAUGAAGUUAAAGAAAAGAAGACUCCCAAGAAGAGACCAAGAGGAUUGAAGGCCAUGGGUAUGGGAACUAUGGAGAGCGAUUCAGAGUAACACGAGCUCCAUUUGAUUGAUGCCCUUUUGUUAUUCUUUUUAGGAUUUUCUACACCUCUCAUUUCCUUCUACACAAUUGUAAUUUAGUUAAGUUAAUCAAUGAUUCUUCUUCUCUUAACCAUGAAUUGAAGGAACAACUGUGCAUCCAUUUUGUAUAUGAAAUCUCCAAAUUAUUUGA